UUCAUAUCGCACUAGCGAAUAGACGCUUGCUUGUAAAAGUUCAGUGGUUCUCAACCUGGUUAAUUCAGUUUAAUUCAGUUUAAUUUUAUAUUAUUUUUUGACACGAUGUUUUGCUGUGCAAGUUGUGGUGGAAAGCAUACCGAAGGUGUAAUUUGUAGUGCCUGUAAACAGCACUUCGACUUCCAGUGCUCCGGUAUUACGGAAGCGGGCUACAGGAAGCUCGGAGAUAGAAAAAAUACGUGGCGCUGCCCUAAGUGCAAAUCGGGUGCGGUUUCGCCUCAACCCAAUCAGAUGGAUAGGAUGCAAGAUCAGCUUGAAAAAAUCAUGUCUCAGCUCACUCCCUUGGCUUCACUUGUUGAGGAUGUGAAAACUAUAAAAAAUGAAAUUGGUGGUCUUAAGGACUCCUUGGAAAUGGCACACGAUCAAAUAAAGAGCUUUGUUGAUAAAGUUAAUUCUCUUGAAAUUAAGAUCGAUGAAGUGCAAAAGGUAGCAGAUGAGGUCCCAGUUUUAAAGGCUGAAAUCCAAAGAUUAAAUCAAGAGCUAGGAGAAAGGGAUCAAUGGGCCAGAUCAAAUAAUGUAGAAAUCCGAGGGAUACCACUAAAGAAUAGCGAAAAUCUUUAUGAGAUCGUACAAAAAGUUGCCACGUUAUGUAAUUAUCCUAUAAAGAACGACGAUAUCAAUUACAUUGCACGAAUACCUACCAGGAAUUCUGCAUCCGAAAAGCCGAUUGUGAUGGCACUCAAUAAUCGCUAUAAGAAGGAGGCAUUUGUGGCUUCGGCUAGGAAAUGCAAUGAGCUUAAUUUGAUAAAUUUAGGAUAUUCUACAGCUGGCAAUUUCUACGUCAAUGACCAUUUGACAUUAUCAAACAAGGAACUCUUGAGAAAGGCGAGAUCAACCGCCAAAGAAAAAAAAUUUCAAUAUGUUUGGGUCAAACACUGCAAAAUCAUGGUCAGAAAAUCAGAUACUUCGCCAAUCAUAUUCAUAAAAAACGACAAAGAUUUACUGAAAAUAAAAUAAUGUUAAAGUUUUUAUUUUGGUAUCUUAGAAUAUUGUUUAAGUGUAAAAACAGUUUGAGAACCUCGGUCAAUACUGCAUUCUUUUGUUUACUUGAGUUGGUUAGAAUAAAAGGUGGCAUCGGCCAGCGUGAUAAUGGCGUAAGUAUUUACGCUUGCAUAGGAGUGUACGCGCUACUGUUAUGUGUUAUUUGUAUUGUUCGGGUCAUUAUUGCUUGUACUCGUACACGGAUUGGUGAGCAGUUGUUAUCGCAUAUGCAAAUUGUAUUUUUAUUACUCAUCUACCUUAGUAACUACGUUCUGAUUCUUAUCUAUUUAUCUAUUGGCAUGGACAUGAAAAAGUAUUAUGGGUAUAGUUUAUUGAUUGUUAAUGUUAUUUUUGUUUGUAU